GAGCAUUCCGACUGGAUUUCUGGUCACCGCAGUUGUAAGCCGCGAACCGAUGCGCGCACUUUCGAGUUCUCUUAGUCCGCUCGACUUUUUUUCAUCGUAAAAUAUAAUAUCUCGUCGAUUAAAUCUCGUGCGGGAGAAUUCCGAGUUUGGCAAAAUAAAACUAAGUCAUCGAAAAGUCUCUGACGAGUUAAUUAGCAUUUUGUCUGCUUCAAAAACUUCGUAGUGUGUAUACAUCUAAACGAUCUUAACGAUACAGGAGACCAGUUUAAUUGAAGGACGAUCGUUUUACCUCGAUCCAUCUAACGAUGCUGUGACACUGGACAAACCGUGAUCUUUACAAGGGAUUUUAAUUUACAUGUACUCCUCCAGCUGCUAGUCUUCAGAGAUAGCCAACGCCGAUGGACCCAGCAACCGGGGCCAUGCUGGCCCUGCAGAUCCUCGCCUUGUGUUCCAUAGUCGCGGCCCUCCUCGCCUACCUGGUCAGGCAGUCGCGGAACGCCUCGAAUGAGUUUGACGUCAGGAGCAAGAGGUACGUGCUGGUGACGAGCUGCGAUAACAGCGUUGGACUCCAGAUUGCCAUCGCCCUGGCCGAGGCGGGAUACAAGGUGUUCGCCGGGCUGCUGGAGCCUGAGGGGUCAUCCCCGUCGGCCAAGAUCAUCCGGGCGCUCGACGAUCAGCGGAAAAAGGAACCCGCUUUGACGGAAAUAGCCGAGGACGGUGCGGUGGCCCUUGCCCAGGGACAGAUCGUCCCCUUGGAGCUUGACCCAACCAGGGAGGACAGCCUCCACGCCUGUCUGGACGCGGUGAGAGCCAGACUUCCGGCCGGAGAAGACGGACUGUGGGCGGUUGUGCAUACAGGAGGACUCGCUUUAGCGGGUGUGAUCGAGCGGCAGGAAAGCUCAGCCUGGGAAUGCAUGCUUCGACACAAUCUGGUGGCCCCGUUGAGGACAGCUAGAGCCUUUAUUCCGUUGCUGCGUGCUAAAAGAGGUCGCAUCGUUCUGCUCGGUGACUCCGAGGCCACAUUUUCGAGGGCACCUGGCUUGGUCGCCUACAGCGCGUCCCGGCGAGGCGUCGAGGGUGCAGCCGAGGCGCUAAGGGCGGAACUCCUGACGUCCGGAGUAUCGGUCGUCCUCUUGAAGCCGCCCCCAAUCAACCCUCUCGUUCUCUACGGACCACCCAUCCUCAAAAGAAUUGACGUGGAAUCUGGAGCAAAGGGCGCGGAAGGUACGUGGACUGCUCCUUUGCCAACGAAAGCAAUCCGGCACUCGUUGGCGCCAGCGUUGGGUUCCCCUUGUCCACUUCCAUCUUACAACAUGGCUUCAAAAUCACGGAGCUUCUGUCUGUUUGGAUCCGACUGAAUUUCAAUUUCUUUUUUACUAAUCACCUUCGAAUUUUCGAAUUUCAAACGACAACGCGCCAGUUCGCGGUUACUAAUGAUACGGCCAUAAUUAAUAGUAACGCUACUGUAACCCCAGAUCUAUCGAGGGGGUAUGUUCGAACCUGCAAAAGGGCAUUAAGGAGAGAAUGGAACAGAGAAUAUAAUCGGACGUUCGGUUAUUUAGUCUAUUGCCAAUUUUCGAAGUGUCGAAAAAUACAGGAUCAAGAUCCGCGUAAUCAUAGAAGAUUUUUAUAAUUUUCAGUGUAAAUGUUUUGAAAUAUACUUAAGGAAAAUUAUCACAAAUAUUGUGAUUAGAAUAAGUAUAAAUCGGUCUCAUAUUUCUGAAUUCAGA